AUGACUCAGGAUGACCCGCUGCAUGAUGCUGUUGGUUCAAAAUACUCCGGUUUUUCAAAAUUCUCCCCACAUCAUCAUCACCAUCAUAACAAUGGCAAACACCAGCCAUCUGGAGAUGGCAGUACAACUCCAGGCAUAUUUCAAUCAACUAAAGAAUUCACAAGACGUCGAAUUAUUAUACCACCACGUCGGCGGAAAACUAUUACCGGUGUAAAUAUAGCAAAAACCAUGAAUACUAUUGGAAAUCUAAAUGACUUGAUUAAAGCACCAUCACCGACAGUAUUACAUAAUGGUAAAACACUGACAAUUGAGCCAAAGAUAACCACCACUGGACCUAAUCAGCUAUCACAUCUUACAAAACCACAAUCAAUAUCUCAUUUAACAUUGAAUGAAGAUCAUUCUUAUCCCCCGUGUGCUUCACUGUUAACCUCAUCAUCAACUUCAUCAUCAAGAUGGCGUCCAUGGAUUGCACAAUCGCCAACGGUAACACACCCAACUAAUACAUGGUCAACUUCUAUGCCUUAUUUACUUGUACAAGUGUCUUGUGUGAAUCCGAAUCAAGGGAAUCGUUUACAAGUAUUUGUUAUGAAUGAAGAGACUAGUCGGUUACAAGUGUUAAGCUAUCCAAUUAGACCAAAUAUGACAGCUAGAGAAUUAAACAAUCUGAUCGCAUUUCAAAUGAGAAUAUUCGAUUCCAAAGAUUUUGGAUUAUUCGCUUACAUUAAUGGAACAGAAAUCCAACUGGAAGAUGAAUUACACAUGGCUGAAUUUACAAAUACAACUUCAGAUAUCCUACAUUCAGUACACACGCUUCCAAACACCACCCAUACAAACCAAACGACAAUAGCACCAACAAUCACAACACCAUCACGUUCACAAACAGGCACAUUGAAUUCAAUCAAAGAUCCUGAAUCUCACCCAUUCAAAAGUCAUGCCUCUAUCAGUUCACGUUCUGAAUCAACAACAACUAGCAGUUCAUGUGGUGAAUCACGUUCACAGCAGACAACAAUACAACGUAUUCGUAAGCCUAGUAAAUCACGUCCUGCAUGGUGGAUAAUGUGUGGAUCAAACAGCCAACAAACACAAACACAAAAACACCAACCGGUGAAUCCAUCAAUUGAAAAUUCCAUACACACAGAGGUCACUGGUAAAACUCAAGAUCUUGGCAAGCAUAAACCAAUUUUAGUUUACCGACGUAAAUCAGGAUAUUUUGCUUUAUCAGAUCGUUUGUUAACUGGAAUUAAAUCUGCCCAACAACAACAAAGUUCAGAAUAA